CCCUCAUCGUGUCUGUCCGUCCGGAGUCUCCCUCUCUCUACCACACACAGGACGGUUAGCAUCUCCUGUUCGGCGUCAUGUUCCGAGCUCUUUCCCGUUUAUCGGCCUCGGGGUUCCGAAGUCUGACCGCGACACGGACCGGUUGCUCGGCCCCCCUGGUGUCCAGAUGUUAUUCCCAUGGCAAGGUGGAGACAGACGAGGAGUUUGAUUCUCGUUGGAUCACUUACUUCAGCAAGCCGGACAUUGAUGCCUGGGAGCUGAGGAAAGGCAUGAACACUUUAAUUGGAUAUGACCUGGUCCCAGAACCCAAGAUUCUCGAUUCGGCACUAAGAGCCUGUCGGAGGCUGGAUGAUCUCGCCAGUGCCAUUCGCAUUCUUGAAGCUGUCAAGGAUAAAGCGGGUCCCCACAAAGACAUCUAUCCCUACGUGAUCCAAGAGCUGAAGCCCACCCUCGCAGAACUUGGCAUCUCAACACCAGAGGAGCUCGGAAUUGACAAGUUUUAGACCGUCAAGGCCUUUUUCACAUGGAGAUGAUGUUCCUGAUUACCUCCCAUUGGAAAUGUCUAUAUUGUUGAUUCGAUAUAUGCUGUCCUGUUGUGUACAAAAUAAUGGAUAUAAUAAAGAAAACAAGUCUGA